CGCGCACACACACACACACACACACACACAUUUGCAUUCAUAAGCCUUCUGAACACACAAUUUUAUUUUCAUUCACAUCUUUAUUUCAUCAACUACUUCAAUCUUCAACAGGCCUACAACAGUGAACAUUUUAAUUAUCAGUAUGCAUAAUGCAACACUGCUAAUGUUUAAUUUAAUGAGUGUCUUUUUAUACGAAUGUUUUUAUAUAAUAUAUUUUUGCAGAUACAGUUUUUGGGCACGUUACACGCGCGCUCACGCACACAACACCUGCUAGUUCGUUAAAUCACCACGCGCACCGGUGCACAGGCAAUUAGCAUUCAAGGUGCGAUAGAGGACUGUAAACAGAAAAGAUCGAGGCAUCGAUGUGAUGUCGCGGAAGAAGCUGUGCGAAUAUUACGGGGCUCCGUUCAAAAGCGACUGUGAGGAGCUUCUGGGCCGCUUCCAGCAAACCGAGUCGGUUCGGUAUGAGGCGUUUUCUGCUAUCUGGAGGAAGAUGGACUUCUCUAGUGUGUUUUACAGUGGAACUCAGUCUGACCAUGAGAAGAGAUCCUUCACACGGCUUACAUUCACCAUAGCCUACAGAUACAUUCUUCCCCCAUACAGUUUCCAAAUUCGGGUGGGAGGCCUGUAUAUGAUCUAUGGUUUUUACAAUACACAGAGUAUUUGGCCUAAGGAAAAGAUCAGGAUUGCUCUGAAGGACUGGUAUGAUGUGAAGAAGCUUAUUGCGGAUGCAAAAAGUUGCCAGCAUUUGGAUGUCGUUUACGUCUUUAAAAGGCUUUUGUCAUCUAAGGCCUUUUGUUUCACCGCCAUGCCCCAAAAGCUGACCUUUGAAUCAAGUGAACGCAUCAUUCAGCAUAAUGUGAAUGAAGAGUUUCGGGACCACAAGAACAGAGUGGCCGAACUCGUUUCCACUGAAAUGCUAGAAGAGGUUGCAAAUGUGCAUGAUCAUUAUGAGAGGCUGAAGAAAUCAUCAGUGCCAUCAUCAUCUGGAGUGACACUGCUUAACCUGACAUAUUUAGUUCAGAAAUGUGCUUUUGAGUACCAACAGUGGCAGGACAAGAUUGCAGCUGAAAAAGAGAAAAACUCAAAGAAGGAACCCACUCAGAAAUCGGAGUCCUCCAGUAGAGCUGACAUGCUUGCUGCCAUCAAGUCCAAAUCAUAUGGUCACGUGUCAAAGGGAAUUAAAUCUAGGCGCCACAGACAAGUUGAGAUGGUCACGUCAGGCUCUGGGACCGAUCAAGCCCUGUUUGGUUCGAAAAGGAGACCCCCAUCCCUCAGGACCAGAACCUGGCAAAACUUUGGCAAACCAAGCAAGCCAGAACAAACACAGGAAUGGCUUCUGAGUGUGAUGGAGGAAGACAAGAACGCAUUGAAACGUAAAGACAUUAGAAGAUUCAAAUGGUGAAAUAAAUUAUACAGCUCUGAACAGAAUCAUUAAUUUGUGUCCGUUGACAUUGCGUUAUGUAUUCCACAGUGCUUUAUUUAAUAAUAUGAGCCUGUGAAUGUGAAAAGCAUUGGUUAUGUUUUGGUUUGGAUAAAAAUAAAAUUAGAUCCUCCAAUCCUGCUUUUGGGUUUGUGGUUUGAUUUCUGCUUUUAGGCUGUUACAUUUUUCAUAUAGGGAAUGCUUAGAUUUGGGUUAAAAAAAAAUCCCCACAUUUAGGUUAAGGGUUUUUAUGUUUUCAAUAAGCCAUAGUGGUACAUUGCACUUAUUAAAUGUUUGGCCAAAGCAAUGUCUCCCUCUGGUGGAGAAAUUUUGCAAUGUCACUGCUUUUUAUUUUCUUUUUUUGUAGAGCACUGAUCCCACUCUUUCCCACAAUAGCUACAACUAUGACAUAACCUAUGAUAGCCCCAAAGUUUAAAUGAAGUCCUGUAGUGAGGGGAACCCCUUUCAUCCGACCACAAAGCUGCCUCUGUGUCUUUCGGUGUGCUCCACAUUGUCAUAGCACUGUUGUAAUCUCCAUGAGAAAGCCCUGAUUCCAGUCUUGAUAUAGUGUUCCUUUUUGUGGACUUUGUCACGUCUAUCUAAAUCCCAUGAGAUUCAGUUUUACCAAUGUCAUCCUAUCCUCGACAACUGUGUAUUCAAAAAUGUUGGAAAUUAAACAAAUUCUGCAUAUAAAUAAUUUUUAGGUUAUGUUGUCUUCCCUUAAGUAAUUUUCCUUUUAUAUUGAUUUUCUGUCCAUACAUAAGUUACAUGCUUUAAGAUACUUGUGAAGUUUCAAUUUUAUACUGCUAGACAUACGUUCAAAGAUAGAAUGACGUAUUAAGUGAGC